UCUCCUCAGAUUCCGAGAAUGGGGGUCACAGCGCCCGGAACCCUCCUCCUGCUGCUGUCGGCUGCCCUAGUCCUGACAAAGACCUGGGCGGGCUCCCACUCCCUGCGGUAUUUCACCACCGCCGUAUCCCGGCCUGGCCGCGGGGCGCCCCGGUACAUCGAAGUCGGCUACGUGGACGACACGCUGUUCGUGCGGUUCGACGGUGACGCGAUGAAUCCUAGGAUGGAGCCGCGGGCGCCGUGGGUGGAGCGGGAGGGGCCGGAGUAUUGGGUCGAGGAGACACAGAAAGCCAAGGGCAACGCACAGACUGACCGAGUGGGCCUGGAGACCCUGCGCGGCUACUACAACCAGAGCGAGGACGGGUCUCACACCAUCCAGAAAACAUAUGGCUGCUACGUGGGGCCCGACGGGAGCUUCCUCCGCGGGUACAUGCAGUUCGCCUACGACGGCGCCGACUACAUCACCCUGAACGAGGACCUGAGCUCCUGGACCGCGGCGGACACAGCGGCUCAGAUCACCCAGCGCAAGUGGGAGGCGGCCGGUGCGGCUGAGCACUGGAGGGUCUACCUGGAGGAGGAGUGCGUGGUGUGUCUCCGCAGAUACCUGGAGAAGGGGAAGGACACGCUGCAGCGCACGGAUCCCCCAAAGACUCUUGUGACCCACCACCCCAUCUCUGACCAUGAGGCCACCCUGAGGUGUUGGGCCCUGGGCUUCUACCCUGCGGAGAUCACACUGACCUGGCAGCGGGAUGGGGAAGACCAGACCCAGGACAUGGAGCUUAUAGAGACUAGGCCUGCAGGGGAUAGAACCUUCCAGAAGUGGGCAGCUGUGGUGGUGCCUUCUGGAGAGGAGCAGAGAUACACGUGCCAUGUGCAGCAUGAGGGGCUGCGGGAGCCCCUCACCCUGAGAUGGGAGCCAUCUUCCCAGCCCAGCACCCCCAUAGUGGGCAUCAUUGCUGGCCUGGUUCUCCUUGGAACUGUGCUCACUGGAGCUGUGGUUGCUGCUGUGAUGUGGAGGAAGAAGAGCUCAGGUGGAAAAGGAGGGAGCUACACUCAGGCUGAAAGCAGUGACAGUGCCCAGGGAUCCAACGUGUCUCUCACAACUUAUAAAGACUGAGACAGCUGCCUUGUGUGGGACUAAGUGUUCAUACCUCCCCUUUGUGACUUCAAGCCUCUGACUUCUCUUUCUGCAAAUGCUUCUGAAUGACUCUGCAUCCCUCUUUGCCUAAUGUGAGAAGGCGGGGAGGCCAACAUA